GUGACUUCAACUCUACAACAUGUUCACCAAAGAACAAACACGUCAGUCGAAACUUCGUUACAAGUAUUCUGAUCCUUAUCGCAUCCACACUUGGCAAUUAUACAUAUGAUGGCACAGCCGCCAGCCAAGUCAGUGGCCGUAAUUGGAGCGGGCGCAGCGGGCGCUGUCACCGCAGCAGCUUUAUUGUCUGAAGCUGCAUUCGAGAUUAUACGCGUUUUUGAGCGACGGGAAACUCCAGGAGGCACAUGGAUCUAUGACCCAGAUCCUGGCGAGAAUGUGACUCUAAAGCCGGGCAAGUUACCAUUGGAAAUAGACCCGCCAUUGCAGCUACCUUCACACCUGCCCGUAGACACGCCUCCAACGACUCAACAUCGAUGGAGCAAGACACCAAUCUAUUCUGAGCUAACAACAAAUGUCCCUGACAUCGCCAUGUCCUUUUCAGACGAUCGCUUCGCUUAUGGGCCGUUCGUACCACAUUGGGUGGCCAAGCAGUAUAUUCAAGAUUACUUUGCCCGCCACCAGACUGAUAAGCUGCUGUCAUUGGAGACUACUGUAGAGGAUGUCUCCAAGAUCUUUUCCAAGCAAAACGGCUCCCGGGAAAGAUGGCGUUUGACGCUGCGGCGGUUCGACGCAGUCAGACAUGUUGAUGUUUGGUGGCAGGAGGACUUUGACGCCGUAAUCAUUGCAAACGGUCAUUACUCUGUCCCAUAUAUACCAGAAGUUAAAGGACUCGAAGAUUUCCUUGCAGCAUUUCCUGAUCGCGUUUCGCAUUCAAAAUCUUAUCGAGUGAGCUCUUUAUACGCCAAUAAACGAGUCGUCGUAGUUGGGAAUUCAGCAUCUGGUCACGAUAUCACUACACAACUAGUCCAAUCAGGCCUCACCCAAGCGCCGGUAUAUCAAUCACGACGCUCUCGAUCUCGCUGGGAUGGUGAUCAUCCGCCUAACGGUGUCGAGUGGAAACCUACUAUUGUCGAGUAUCGCACGUCUACAAACGAGAUCGUCUUUGAUGACGGUACAGUGCUCAACGAUGUUGAUGCUGUCAUCUACUGUACAGGCUAUAAGCCCUCGUUCCCAUUCUGGAAUUCAAAAGCCAAUGGCGGGCCCAUCUUCGACUAUCGCGAGAACCGGAUCCUGGGAUCUUAUCAGCAUACGUUUUUGCAGAAAUACCCCUACAGCAUCGCUAUCGUCGGACUCCCUCGCGUAUUGACUUUCCGCUCUUUCGAGUAUCAAGCAGUUGCUAUCGCUCGUCUCUUUUCAGGCCGAUCCUCAAAACCACUUCCAUCCAUUUCGGAGAUGCGCGAGUGGGAAAAGGAUCGCGCCGGCCUUGUAAAGAGGGAAAGGCGAAAGUUCCACGACAUUCAAUGGGAAAACGGCGAAACUAUGGAAUGGUUAAGUUUCCUGUACGAAUUGGCGGGGCUGCCUAAACUUGAAGGCGAAGGACGAUACCCGCCAGUUUUGGACGAGAAAACGAGAUGGGCUAUCAAACAUGUUAGAAAGUAUCCAGAGCCUGGGAAUAAAGAGAGUGAAGACAAUGAAGGGUGGGUUCUGGUUAACAAAGAGGAAACCCGCAAGGAUAUUCUGCAUUUCAUCUAGGAUUUAGACCAUGGAGCGACAUUUGAAGAUGUUCAAGCUUUAUAAC